GGCGGAAGCCUCGCUAUUUAAGUCCUCCGCUUUCUCCUCCUUACAUCACACACACACCGCCGGCGAGAUUAAGCGAAAUCCUUCACUAGAUUCUCUAGAUUUCACCCCAAUCCUCUCUAAUGGCAACCGAAGAUCAAACCGUCGCCGUCCCCGAGCUCGAGGCUGAGCAGACCGAUGCUGAGCCGGCCGAGGCGGAGGAGAAGGCCCCUCCGGUAGGCAUGUCCAAGAAGAGGAAAGCCAAAGAGACCAAGGCGAAGAAACCCGCUGCGAAGAAACCUGCUGCGAAGAAGGGUCCUGGCCAUCCUCCUUACCUAGAGAUGGUUCAGGAUGCGAUCACGACCCUCAAGGAGCGGAACGGGUCCAGUCAAUACGCGAUCCAGAAGUUCAUCGAGGAUAAGUAUAAGGGUCUUCCUUCGAAUUUCAGGAAAUUGCUGCUGGGUCAGUUGAGGAAAUGUGUCGCAUCUGAUAAGCUUUACAAGGUGAAGGGUUCUUAUAAGAUUCCCUCUGCUCGCUCCGCAGCUCCCAAAGCCGCGGCUCCUUCUCCCGUUCCGGCUAAGAAGAAGCCUGUUGUCUUGGCUGUCCGGGCACCAGCUGCCGCCUGCAAAGGGAAGAAGGCUACUGUUGCUGCGAAGACCAAACCUGCGGCUAAGCCUGCUGCCAAAGCCAAAGCGGCCACCACCAAGGUAGCUGCGAAGCCUGCCGCCAAACCCAAAGCGGCCACCACCAAGGCAGCUAGUAAGCCUGCGGCCAAACCCAAAACAGCAGCUGCCAAGCCGGCAGCGAAACCCAAGGAUGCGGCCAAGGCCGCAGCAGUGAAACGAAAGGCUCCAGCCAAACCAACGCAGAAGGAGAAGCCAGCCGCUAAAGUAGCCAGAACAUCCACCAGGACUAAUCCUGGAACCAAAGUGGCUACUCCAGCCAAGGCUGCGCCUAAGAAACCAACACCAGCAAAGAAACCACCGGCAAAGGCUGCCAAGUCUCCGGCGAAGAAACCAACCACUCGAAAGGGUAGGAAGUGAUCAUCGUAGACUAUAGAUGUUGGUUGAUCAGGAUUUGAUGUAGUGGGGUUGUUUUGUAAAUUUCCCCAAUCGUUGUGCUCUAGAGAUUCCGUCCAGAAUUCUUUUUUUCUUCCCCCCCAUUUUCAUCUCCUGUCUUUUUCUGUGUUCUAAAUGUAAGGAAUUAGCCAGCAAAUCUUGCUGCCAUUGAAGGUCUAAUACAGUAAUGGAAGUUUUAUGGUUUUACCUAUUUUGGCUGUUCGAUACAACUUAGGAAGUUUAUAUUACUCCCUAUUUCUAUUCAUUUGUAAUGGUGCGACCGAAAAAAUGAUUUAGGGUUCUAAGAAGUUUGAUCUCCAGAGUCUUUGAACUAGAAAUGAAAAUGUGGUUCAAAGCCUUAUUAGAUCCUACAUGUGAACGCCAUGGAUGAGGAAGAAGAAAUGGGUCGCAAACAAUGUCCUCUAUCAUUAGCUCUCCAUGUGCUUUGUUGUUCCAAGUUGUAAGAGGAUUGUAAUGUUUCCCUAAUGGGAACUUGGAAGUAAUGGACUUCGUCUACUUCGUCGAGAUGUUGUUGGAUUUGGUCUGCAUUUGGGAAUUUACUAAUGAAGUGAUUCUAUUGGG